AUGUGUUGCGCUCUCGACUCGUCGGAGGCGAGUUCCGAACACGGCUGGUCGUCUGCGUCGCGAUUCCCCGUAGUUGGCACGGCAACGCAAAGCCAGUACGUCGUCGGCACGCUCCAGCCCGAAUUCGCAGGUGGCGCCCUCGUGCAGCAGGCCUCGAACAAUGGCCUGGCGCUCGUAAACCAGGACCAGUGCCAGGUGGCAGCACCGCUGCAAGGCGACGGCACGCAGCAUCUCGGGCAGCUCGCGUUGAAGAGCGAUUCGCCCGCGCAGAGGGUGGCGACACAAGUGCUGAGCGCGCAGCAGCAGCAGCAGCAGCAGCAGCAGCAGCAGGUCAUACAGCUGCUAUCGCAACCAGGGGGCGUAUACGUGUGUCUCGCCGCCGCUGUAGCUGGCGCCACUCAGCAGCAGCAGACGGUCUACACGCAGUCUCCGGGCGACCAGCAGCAGCAGCAGCAGCAGCAGACGGCGAUGACUUCAUCGUGGCCGCAAGCGCAGAUUGUCCUCGAUCCGGUCGGCUCUAGUCUGACGCCGUCGUACGGCUCGUGCUCCAGCCCCGUGUUCUCCGGCCCCUACUACUGGUACUGCAUCGUCGACUUGGCUUCUGCUCUCUCACCCAAACUGCAGACUCCCUUAUUUUCUGUGGACUGCCUCUUUUUGAAGUCUAGUACUGGAGAAUUCUCUUGUUUCAGGAAGCCGCUGCAUCCGGCGGAAGCCGAGGCGACAGCAGAGGGCGCCACCGACGAAUCGUCGGAGAAUUCGUCCGUGAUAACGAUUCCGCUUCCCACCACAGAUGGCGCCGCCGGCAGCCCCGUCAUCGCCGAGCGCGAGGCAGGUGGCAGCACGUGUCCCGACUCCGGCGGCGUGCCGAAACUUCAGCCGCACUUUGAGCGCGCGUUUCACGCGCAGCUCUACGGGGUGGCGCCACCGUCUCCGACGACGGCGGACGGGGUGGCGGCGGCCGGAGAGGUGGCGCCACCGUCGGUGCCGCUCGAGCAGGGCUGCUACGCCGUCUGCCGGCACUGCGGCGGCAUGAGCACGGACAAGCGAACGUGCACGCGCUGCCGGCGCCCCCUGCCGGACGACACGCGACUAUACCGUCCUCCGCACGAGAGGUGCGGCGACGUCGGCCUGAAGAGGGCGCUAGCGUCACAGGGCGGCGACGCAAACAAGUACCGCAUCGUCGUGCCGACGCUCGCGAAGCCGCUGCCCGUCGGCGCCACCUACCGGGCGAAGUUGAGCGCGAUGACAAAGGCGUUUCGUGCCGACGACCUGACCUUUGACCCAAGUAACGCGUCGGGAGAGAAGCGCGGCACCGCCAGGGGGCGUGGCAGGGCGCGCGGGCGCGGGCGGGCCGGGGGACGGCAAAAGGAACCGGUGCUGCUGUGCAUUUCGUCGGAUGACGACGAGGAGCUCAAAGAGAUGGCAGAGGGCGCCACCGCCUCGGAGGAGCGCUCUCUUGUUCCCUACCCGGAUACUCCCCCGCCGGACGCUGACGCAGCAAGCCCCGGCGGACAACAAGAGGUGCCGGACCUCGAGCAGCUGAACAAUCAGAUAGAGGGCGUUCCUCGGCCGCUGCCCGCCGGCCGCCGCCAGGCGAUGCGCGACAACGACGGCCACGUGAUCCUCAAGGUGGCGCCGCCGGCUAAGGAGGCGAAGUCGAACGCGAGCGGUGGCGCCCCCGCGGCAUGCGGUGGCGCCCUCAUUCCCUGCAGGAAAAUCCUGGUGGGGUCGUUCCGCACUUUUGGCCACAAGAGGCCGACGAUGAAGAUCUCUGAGACGGAGAUGCAGCUAACGCUACAGGAAGGAGAGAAGAGUUAUAUGGUGACGUUGGAGGUGGAGCAUCUGACGCGAUGCUUCAGCCACCUGAGGGACGACUUCUUCGUGCUGAUCUUCUACACGACGCCGUGGUCGGGUCUGAUGAUACGCGAGCGGUUGAACAUGAAGGACAUGAACGGUCCGAUGUACGACCCGGGUAGCGCAGGUACGUGC